GCGACACAACACAAACCCAAAGACAUUUUCAUCUUUCUGCCAACGAAAAUGCUCAACCCGCAGAGAUCGCUGUCUGAACUCCCCAAGAUGUCAGCCGCUAAUCAAGUGGAAAGAGCCGUGUUGGAGGAGGAGUUCAACUGGCUCCUUAAAGAAGAGGUACACGCUGUCCUUAAGCAGCUCCAGGACAUCCUCAAGGAGGCAUCCAGACGCUUUUCAAUGCCAAUGCCAGGGCUGGAGAGCCAACUCAAACAGGAGAACUUCAUCCUUGGCAGCUCAACUAUGGACCAAGUGAAAGGGGUGCUGACACUGCAGGGAGAGGCACUGACCCAAGCUGACAUAAACCUGAAAGUUGCCAAAAGUAGCCAAGUGCUGCAUUUUCAGUUCAGGGAUGAUAAGCAAUGGAAACUGCAGCAGAUUCAGGAUGCCAGGAACCAUGUCAACCAGGCCCUGCAUCUGCUGAGCAGCCGGGAUGAGAACUACCACUUUAAGACAGGGGCGGAGGUUAAUAAGCUGAUGGAUGCGGUGAUGCUCCAGCUGACUCGGGCCAGAAACCGCUUGACCACCCCGGCCACCAUGACCCUGCCUGAGCUGGCCACCAGUGGCCUGAUGAAAAUGUUCAGUCCUCCGAUGCCUGGGGAUGUAAUGGUGAAUUUCUACAUCAACCUGAGCAAGUUGUGUCUGACGGUGUAUCAGCUUCAUGUGCUGCAGCCCAACACUACUAAGAAUUUCAAACCAGCUGGAAGCUCAGUGUUACACAACCCUGGGGCAAUGUUUGAGCUCAACAGCAACCGCUUCGAGGUGAGCCAUGUACACAAGGUGGAGUGUGUGGUGCCCUGGCUCAACGACACGCUGGUCUUCUUCACCAUCUCUCUGCAGCUCUGCCAGCAGCUCAAGGACAAAAUAUCUGCGUUCUCCAGUUUCUGGAACUACAGACCUUUCUAAUCAACCUCCAGUCCAAACACACAGAAAGAGACGUCAGGAAUAUCUGAAAGGGUUUUUGUUUUUUUUUUUGCCAUGUGGUUGUUCAACUGAAGUGUUGCAUAACUUGCGUCAAAAUUGAACCAGAACACAAUGGAUGUCAGUAUUUAUCAUUUGUCCCAGAUUUAAUGGGGCCACUCAUGUUAGCUUAACUGUCAUUACUUAGCAUGUUUUUUUUUUUACUUAUUUUAUACAGAAGCACUAAUUCCUCGAAAUAAAGCAUGUUGUGCACAUUUUUUUUUGUAAACACCAUUUGUGUUAUCUGGGGGGAAGGUAUACAGCUAGGUUUCUGAGAAAGCUUUUUUUUCUUCACACCAUACAAUAACAGUAAUGGGUUGCAUUAAUAUAGCGCUUUAUGUAGACACCCAAAGCGCGUCACAUUGUACAGUCACCUUAUUUUUCUUUUUAAUUUCAUUGAUUUAAAAAGCACUGAAGAAUGCAUUGUGCUUUGGACAGUACUUGAUUAUGCCUGAAUAAGCUAAUAGAUUACGUCUUUAUUCAUGUUUGUUUGUCGACAGUGUUUGUCAAUGUGUUUGAUUUAAUGAACCUUUUUGCCACUCGUACCAUCUUGUUCCCUGUGACUUAUGGAGCAAAGUUUAUUCCACUACGUGUUAAAUUAUUUUUGAGAAGCUAUAUAUAUAUAUAUAUCAAAUGAAAUUAUUUAUCUGUUGUAUGCAGAAUAAACUGUU